AUGACACUGAUUGAGAAACAGAACCAAUUGGACAUGUUGAAAGUGCUUGACUUACUGGAACAAAUGAGACAUAAUUGGAAUUAUGAAAAAAUAAGAGCAGAAGCUAUGGAGAAUGAGCUUGACCAGGGGAAUAAAGAAAAAGACGGAUUGCGAAAAGAAAUUCGGAUGUACAGAGAGCAGCUUCGUGAUGCUCGAAAACAGAUCGCAGCUCUAAUGUCUGACAAGAAAAGCAUGGAAUAUGAUAUUGGAGAAUGGGAAAGGAAAUUCGAACUUGUAACUGAUCUUCUGAAGGACCAAUCACAUCUAAGCAUGGAAGAUCGACAGAAGUUGUUUGCAAAUGGAAGCAUUUUAAAUAAAAAGCCUACGAAAUUACAAGAAACUCGUGAUACACAUCUAAGUUUUUCGCACUGUUCUUCAGAUGAGGGAAAUAUAGACUAUGAUAAAACUGCUGAUAUAUCUGAUAAUUCAUCAGAUGAAACGGAUGAAUCACGUUUACGGAAUGGAAAAGUUUACAGAAGGUCACGUAGCAUGGUUUCGCUGACAGCAAAACGUAUCUCAGCAGUGGCCAGCAAACGACCAAAGAAAAGCAUGUUGAUAGAUACUGUUGAAGAGGAAGUGGAAACACCUUCUAAACGAUCGAAAAAUGGAACAGAAAUAAUGAUCCCAAUGAAUACUGGGAACAAUAAUUCACCUACAACUAAAAUAGCUGUUAAAUGUUCAAUGAAUAAUCGUUCAUUGUCUAAUAUUCUCAAUAAGUCAGAAGAGACGAUGACACAGCCAACAAAUACAUUGACGCCACGAUGUGGAACAAGUUCAACUGAUCUGAGAACUCCACUCAGUGGCACGAAAACGUGGACUCGUGGUGCAUCAAUCUCGACACGCCCACAUACAUAUACUAAUCAUAGCUCAAUUCUUGGCGAUCACUGCGAAGUGUGUAAUGGAUGGAUUGGGAUUGUCGGAAAACAGGCUUACAAAUGCUGUGACUGUGGCUUGCAUAUUCAUAAAUCAUGCAUCCAUAAUGCGCCUGUGCCUUGUGUGCCACGAACUCCAACAUCUCGCACGCCUAGCAAGCAGCGUCCACGCUUAAAGGAUUUAUGUCCUUCUACGCAGCCUAUGAUACCGCCAAUUCUUAUUCAUUGCAUUUUAGCUCUGGAAAAGAAUCGAUUAUGCUCAGAGGGUAUUUAUCGAAUCCCUGGGGACGAUACUCAGGUUCAGAAAUUAUUAAAUGAAUUUCAACAUGGUCGCUCCGUUCCAAAAUUGGACUAUCAAGACACGGAAACAAUAACAAGCUGCAUUAAGCAAUUCUUAAAUAAGCUACGAGAUCCAGUAAUCCCAAGCACAUCUUGGGAGGAAUUUGUUAAUGCUGCCCGAACAGAUGAUAUUGAAGCUCUGAAUAAUGGAAUUAUGGAUUUGCCUUAUCCAAAUCGAGAUACACUGGCUUUCCUCUGUGCUCAUUUUCAGAAGAUUUGUGACAACUGCGUUCAAAACAAGAUGCCUCGAAAUGUCCUCGCACGUUGUGUUGCAGCAAUAGUUGUAGGUCCAGCUCCUCCACAUGUAGGAAAAGAUGAUGAAGAAAAAAAACAGAUAACAGUUAUGUCAGCCUUGCUCAAAAUGCCUCCAGACUACUGGCCUAAGUUCUACAAUUUUGACAGAGGAAUACCACUGAUCAAUAGUCCCAAAUGUACAUUAAAUGACAACAGGAAACUUGGGAAAAUCCCAUACAAGAAUCCAAAUAGAUCAAUUCUGGGACCAGUUGAAACUCCACCAUCUGGACAAAAAGCAAGUAUCUAUCAACCGAAAAUAUCAAAACGAAAGCAUUUUCUGGGCGACAUUUUUUGA